AGACAAGGCGCCUCCAAAACCGCCCGCAAAAAAUAAAUAGCAAACUUUUCGUCGAGCUGGUUUUCUCAAAACUAUGGAGUGAUUUCGCUGUAGCGACUACAACGCAUACACAAAACCGACACAAAACAAAACAUUCCAAACGAAGCAUUGUCAACAGGCAUCGGAUUCCCAAGUGUGAUUGUUCGACCGAAGAUUUGGACCAUGGGUCUAUUUGGAAACAAGGGUUUCAGCCCCAAAAAAGCCUCACCAAGAAAAGCAGCAUCAUUGUCAAACUUAGCCGCACUCGAUGCUACACAAAGAGCUCAAGAAUUUGGAUUAGAUUAUGGUUCUGCAUCUCUCAAACUCAAUGGUACCCAACUUAAAUUUGAAGAUGGGACGUGGCACGCUGAUACGGGGUCAUCAUUGCCACAGAGAGAAGUUGUAAAGUUACGUAAAGAUAAUCAGAAACUUCUGGAAGAAAAUAACAUGUUGAAACUGAAAAUUGACAUUUUGCUGGAUAUGUUAUCAGAAAGUGCAGCAGAAUGUCAUAUACUAGAAAAAGAGAGAGAUGAGGCGCUGAAAACUGGGAAAUUCUAGAUAUUUUAUUAUAUCUUUUUGUUUAUUCCAUGAUGGUGUAGAAAUUGUGCUGAAAGAUCAAUGAGGGAUAAAAAAUGUUCAUAUACAAUAGUUGGUAUCACAAAAAUCUUAUCUUCCAUAUUCUUUGUUUUGAACGAUCAAGAUUGUGUUAUAUGCCAAAUUUUUAGAGUUAUAUUUGUAAUAUAUAAAUUGUUUCAAAUGCUUUUAUUCAUCUGAGUUUCGUGAUUUUAUAUUUUUCAAUGAUUAUCUCCACAUAGAUCAUAGUCAUAGUUUCGGAAGAUAACACCUUUUUAGAUUGCAUAUUUGCCAUGAACCUGGCAAGUGGUAUGCCAUUGUUCAUUUCCAUGAUAUUUCCCUUCUAGAAGGAUUUCAAUAAGCAGGCACAUUUGCCUACCACUGUUUCAAAAUGCUGUAAUAGGAUAAUAAAACUUGAACCUGAGACAUCAGUCAAAGGGAGUAGUCCAAUGAUAUAAGUAGUAGGCUAUCAUGCUCAAUAGUGUGAUCGCUUUUUUGUGUUUGGAACAAUGUUUUACUCUGUCCUGUUGUGUUUUAUCACCUUCCAGACUGCUGCGUAAUAUUUUUGCUGAUGCAAUGAAGAGUUUGAAAAAUGCAUAUGUUAGACCAACCUGUGUACUUGAGUAUGUGUUGUCAACAUCGAGACAAUGAAUUACUAUGCAUUAACACACAUUUCUUGGCAUUACAACUUUUAUCCAUCAUCAACAUAUACAAGUUUUGUAUUGAAUGUAUAUUUACAUGAAUUGAAAGCUGAUGUUACUAGUAUUUUUAUUCGAUUUUAGGUUUAUUUUAUUUUCAUUAGUUUUCUUAAAGGCGGGUCCUCAAGACUUGACUUUAUGUUCAUAUCUUUUGGUUGCACACACACUCUGAAGUUGAUUCACUAACCCAUAUGAUGGAAUACUGCUAUAGUAUUUCUAGUGCUAUUGUUAAUUUUAAUAUCACUUUGCACUCUAAUGCUUUUUAUUUUUAACAUUAAAAGUUAUAAUUUUUUUGGUUUCAACAUUGGAUUUGACUCAUUUUGUCCAUAUUUUCAAAAAUAUCAUAGCGACGUUAUCGGUAAAAAGUCUGCUGUUGAUGCUAGUCUCCUACCUUUGUAUUUUCAAUAAUCGUAGUUCAUUUACUUGGCUUUAUUCAGGCAACUGUACACAUUGUUUUUAUAUUAUAUUUUACAAUAUAUAUUUUGUACAUGAUAUAGCAUUUUUAUUUUAUUGGUAAAGCACAGGACGCAGAAAAUUUCGCACCUUAGGUAGAAUAAUCCUUGUUUGCAUUAUCAAUUCACUUUUGUCUCAUCAUUAUGAAAAAAAUAAAGGGUUUCAACAGCCAA